AUGGGUGGCAGGUUGUCCACUAUCUUCUCCACCUGUCUUUUAUCGAAGUAUGUACAUAAGAUGCUCAAAAGGCUAAGUCCUCUAUCCCUUUCCUUAGGACAGACAUCGAAACAUGCCCCUAUCUUGUGGCCGCUGGAGAUGUGUUGGUUUCUUCGACUGAUCACUCUCUAUGGCCUCAACAAGAUGGGCGGUAGGUUGUCUCCGCCGUUCACUGGACCUUGUCUUUGGGUUUAUAAGACAUAUCACUGA